CGAAUGAGAGAGAUAGCUUGCGGACCUUCGCCGUGCGUUGCAAUACAGGACUGUACUUCAGCUUGAGUUAGCGGCUUUGCAGGUUUAAACACAUCAAAACGGAACAAAGAGAAAUAGACCACGGCAGAAUAAAGGAAACAGCUAAAGAAAAAAACGGAAAACCACCAGGGGGGAAAUCUCAGCUACUAAUUUACAAACAAGCGUAUGAUUCUUUAGCGAUAUUAUUUUUUCUUCACUUAAGAAGGAACUUUUUGAAAAGGAUUUCAUCUUAGGUGAAGGUGCAAACUGCGACGCUAUUCUAACUUUGCAGGAGAAAAACUUUUUAAUCCUUUUAAUUUUUUUUAUUUUUAAAAGAAACUUUCCUCGAGGACUGUACAGGGUUUCAAAGGGCUUCUAUUUGUUGACGUUAAGAACGUGGAUUUAAACGGAAAACAAUAAUAAUAUUGAUAUUACAUGAAUAUUGUAAAUACAGCAGUCGCGGAUUUGGCGGAUUUUUUAAAAGCAUUUUUUUCUUUUUUGAUGUUUUAAUUGCAAAAGUGCAUGGUAUAAUAUAGAUACUACCUUGACCUUUGAAGUUUGAAUAAUUCAUGGAAUAGAAUUUGCCUACUUGAACAAAAAAGUUUAAAAGCGGGAGGGGGUUUGAGCAGCAGAUAUAUUCAUAAGGGUUAACGGAAUGGCCACCGCGGCUUCCAACCCCUAUCUGGCCAGCAAUAGUAUUCUCUCGUCAGGCUCAGUCGUGCAUUCCGACUCCGGAGGCGGUGGCAUGCAGUCUGGCAGCGCCGCUGUUACCUCGGUGUCUGGCGGCUACAGAGGAGAUCCUACGGUAAAGAUGGUACAGAGCAACUUCAUGCAAGGAGCCAUGGCGGCGAGCAACGGGGGUCAUAUGUUGAGCCAUGCCCAUCAGUGGGUCACGUCGUUGCCUCACGCCGCUGCUGCCGCCGCUGCAGCGGCUGUGGCAGCUGCAGAAGCCGGGUCGCCUUGGUCCUCAAGCCCAGUCGGAAUGACAGGCAGCCCGCAACAACAGGACGUCAAAAACAAUUCGGGCAGAGACGAUCUCCACGCUGGCACGGCGUUGCAUCACAGACCACCGCAUCUGGGUCCUCACCAGACUCACCCCGGGGCUUGGGGUGGCACCACCGCGGCUCACAUCCCCUCGAUAGGAGCCGGGCAGCAGCAGCAGUCCUUAAUAUACUCUCAGCCCGGUGGAUUCACCGUGAACGGGAUGCUCAGCCCGCCAGGAAGCCAAAGUUUGGUGCACCCGGGUUUGGUGCGUGGAGACACCCCAGAGCUCGACCACGGCGCUCACCACCACCACCAUCACCACCAGCAUCAGCACCACCAGCAGCAGCAGCAGCACCACGGUGGAGUAAACAGCCACGACCCCCACUCAGACGAGGACACGCCGACUUCGGACGACCUGGAGCAAUUUGCCAAGCAGUUUAAACAGCGCCGCAUCAAGCUGGGUUUCACGCAAGCCGACGUCGGCUUAGCUUUAGGUACCCUGUAUGGAAACGUCUUCUCCCAAACCACGAUCUGCAGGUUCGAGGCGCUCCAACUCAGCUUCAAAAACAUGUGUAAGCUAAAACCUCUGCUAAACAAAUGGCUGGAGGAGGCCGAUUCGUCCACCGGGAGCCCCACGAGCAUCGAUAAAAUCGCCGCGCAGGGCAGGAAGCGAAAGAAGCGAACUUCCAUCGAAGUGAGUGUAAAAGGUGCGUUGGAGAGUCACUUCCUUAAAUGCCCCAAGCCUUCGGCCCAAGAAAUCACCAGCCUGGCGGACAGCUUGCAGCUUGAAAAAGAAGUGGUCAGGGUUUGGUUUUGCAAUCGGAGGCAGAAAGAGAAAAGGAUGACGCCGCCUGGAGUGCCACAGACGCCGGAGGAUGUGUACUCUCAGGUCGGCAAUGGACAUUUGUUAGUAGAUUACUUAAAAGACGCCAGUAUAUCUGGGCCGAGCGAACCGAACGACCCGAGGGUGACAACUACAAGUUCGUACCAUCAGGUAAUUUUGGCGCACUAACAACACCACGAAAACAAAAACCAACUGUAGAAAAAAACCCCAACACUUCUAUAUUUAUCUUUCCCCCUUUCUCUUGCAUUUAAUUUCUAUGACACCUGAAGCGAGCGUUUACGUAUUUAACAAUAAGAGACUACGGUACGCCUUGCAAAGAAAUCAGUAAAUACAACACAAAGAAGAUCGGGACGCAGGACGCUUUGAACCCAACUUACAAAGAAGACUGCAUGGUUUAAUAUUUUUUUUAAAAAGGAAUUGUCCUUCAUAGCCCCCCUCCCAGAAAGGCAAACCAAGUUGUUUUUGCCCUUUUCCCUGAUCUGAAAGAUCGCAUCUUUUGAAAAAAAAUAAAAAAUCUUUAAUUUUGGUGACCGACACAUAAAUGGAUUUUUUUUAAAACAAAAAAAAACAAAAACAAAAAAACGAAAUGGGAAAAGAAAUACUGAAAGACCGACUGUCUUGCGCUGCACUUAUUUGAAAAUUUCCUCACCGAAAACCCGCUGCCAAGUGUGACUGCCUGGGUGCCGUGGAUGUAACCGUGCUGAAGCCGCCUUCCCUUAGCCGUGUUCUUUGGUAGGUUACAGUAAACAGACUCCGGCAAAAUAGAUUCUUUAGAUCAGAUGCUGAUCUGAAUUUACUUUAUAUUUUUCUCCAAAAUGACUUGUUUUAAUAUUUUAUUCGGAAUAACUAUUGACUGUUGCAAACGAUAAUUUAUUUUUUUCCUCCCGCAACUUCUGUAAGAUGUUUUUUCCUUUACAGUUUUUCGUUGUUCUUAUUUGUUUUGCUUAAUUUUGUACUUUGAUUAUUCACAAAGGAGCACAAAUCAACGUAAACUGACAUGGACAGUUGUUAGGUAAUAAGGGUAUAUUUUGAUGUGAUGAUUUGAUUGUAAUUUAAUUUCAGUAGUGAUUCCGUCAGAGAUGACUGAAAACAAUAAAUUUGUUAGAACUCAAAUAACGUGAUUAUGUGUGUUGCCUGUUGUAAGAGCAGAUUUAUAUUUUGAAAACAUAAAAUUACACGAGCAAACAUGUUGCUACAUUUGAUAUUAAUUCGUUGUAAUGAAAGGUGUGUAUCGAUUGUUUUCCAAUGUAGAUCGAAUAGGAUGCUGUCCGUUUUUUAAUACAGUAGGUUAAAACAGUCGAUUUUUUUGUUUUCUUUUAAAAAGUGUUUUGGGGAUUUAGGUGAUGGCCCUUAAUUCGAUUAUCUUCCCUUGUGACUAUUUUCCCUGAAAACGAUACGCACGUAAUACAAAACAAACCAACUAGAUUCGUCGCCUCUAUUUUUUCCAAAGCAGCACAAUGUCAGCAGAUAAUAUUUAAAA